AUGCCGUCUCGAGUCGCUGCUCGCGCUUCAUCGGUGACAUCCUCUCGCAAAUCAUCUGCCCCGCCCUCUGGAACUGCGCCGAAUGUCUUCAUCCCACCAGAGCCUCCUUUACCUACGUCUAACCCCAACCUCCGCGCAAGCAUAGUCGAGAUCUUCACUGAUGCGCAACGCUCUGCCACCAGCCACAGAAAGCUUGUAGUGCGGCUAAGAAAAAUACAAGAAGUAAGUUGUGGAUUGCGACAGGAGAAGGGGAGAGCGAAGCAAGGGAACAAGCUCCAUGAAGAAUUCAUGAAUGAUAGUUUCGAUGAUAGCGGUGGAGUGGCAGAGAAGGAAUUCAAUAUCGAGAUCUCUCGAUGCAUGUUGAGAGUUCUGGUUGUGAAAAAGACAGAGGCGGUCGGAGAUCGGGUUAUUAAAUUCUUAGGAACGUUCCUGAGAAAUGCCUCUGAGAAAGAUUUUGAGCUAUUUCUUCAGGGUGAUCCUGGUGAAACACAAACCUUACCAGAAACGCCUACCUUGAGAUUAAUAUUCGAUAUCGUGUCGACAAUGAUUCCCUUGCAAGCUGCCAAAGAAAGGGUCAUCCGAUAUCGAGCGACACAAAUCGUGACCCACAUUGUCAAUUCCCUGGACUCUGUGGAUGAUGAGCUGUACCACCUCAUCAGACAAGGCUUAGUUAAACGCCUUAGAGAUAAAGAACCUGCCGUCCGCGUACAGGCCGUGAUGGGUCUAGGCCGACUCGCGGGAAAUGAGGACGAGGAAGAUGAUUCCAGUAAAAAUAACGGCGCAGCAGCUCUCCUGGACAAGCUUCUGGACGUACUCCAAAACGAUACCAGUGCUGAAGUACGACGAACAUUACUUCUUAACCUUCCACUGACCCCGACUACCCUGCCUUACCUCCUCGAACGAGCACGAGACCUGGAUGCGCCGACACGGAGAGCAUUAUAUUCACGUUUGCUUCCGCAAUUGGGGGACUUUAGACAUCUAUCGUUGACAAUGAGAGAAAAACUACUACGGUGGGGAAUCAGAGAUCGAGAUGAUAACGUUAGAAAAGCGGCAGGGAGACUCUUUUACGAGCGAUGGAUUGAAGAUUGUGCCGGAAGACCAGAAACAGAGGAGAACGGCCAACCCGCAGACAAAAGUGCUCCACUCAGCAUGCCCGCGCUGAUGGAGCUCCUAGAACGUAUAGAUGUCGUCAACUCUGGUAUUGAAGGUGGAAUUGCCCACGAUGCGAUGAGAAGCUUCUGGGAAGGCCGUCCUGAUUACCGUGAAGCGGUUGAUUUCAAUGAACAAUUUUGGGAAUCUCUAACCCCAGAAACCGCAUUCAUGGCGCGAAGCCUCAACCAGUUUUGUUGGGAAGAGGGUGAUGGUGAAUAUGACGAUUUGGCAGAUGAAAAGAUUCCCGAAGUGACUGCACUAGCUUAUUACCUUCAUAAAUAUGCCAGCGAUCUUUUGCAAAGGCUAAAUCAGCCCAGCGAGGAUGACCGUGCCGAAGAGGAAACCGUUGAAUGCGAGUUUGUCGUUGAACAACUCCUUCAUAUAGCCCUAACGCUUGAUUACAGUGACGAAGUGGGCAGAAGGAAGAUGUUUUCUCUCCUUAGGGAGACUCUGGCCGUGCCUAACCUACCUGAAGAGGUAACAAAGCUUGUCGUCGAGGCUUUGCGAGCGGUUUGCGGCCCUGACGCUUCUGGCGAGAAUGAAUUUUGCGGCGUUGUUCUGGAGGCCGUCGCUGAAGUGCAUGAUACGAUCGUUUCGGAGGACAGCUUCGUUUCUGCUAAGUCUGAACAGAGUCAGGGAAGUUCAGAGAAAUCAUCUAAGCGAAACCGUUCAGAAACCCCUGAUGAUGAAGUUGAUGAAAAUGAAGGGGAUAGUGAAGAGGUCCCUUUUAAUAAGGAAGAGGCCAAAGCCAAGGUUCUGCGCGAGAUUAUGGUUAACAUGAAAUGCCUCUAUAUUGCGCAAUGCAUGCUGCAGAAUGUUCAAGGCAACUUGCAGGAUAAUAUGCACCUGGUCACCAUGUUGAAUAAUCUGGUGGUACCAGCAGUUAGGAGCCACGAGGCUCCUAUCAGAGAGCGUGGCCUCGAGUGCUUGGGUCUAUGCUGCCUAUUGGAUAAGACACUUGCUGAAGAGAACAUGAGUUUGUUCAUCUACUGCUACACCAAAGGCCAUGAAGCACUACAAGAAACAACGAUACGAAUUCUUUCCGAUAUCCUCACAACACAUCAUUCGAUACUUCUCCCAGUCCCAUCUCCAAACGAGGCCAACUCUGUUGUUACUCCCCCUUUUCAAAAACCAUUGCUUAAGGUAUUUGCGAAGUCCUUAAAAACCAACUCUCCACCUAUUGUCCAAACAGCAGCCGUCACGGCACUAGCGAAACUGCUUCUUACCGGCGCCCUGUCCCCGUCUGGUCCUAACGUACCCUCGUCAAUUAAAGAGCUGAACGAGAACUCUAUUGACACUCUCUUACAAGCUCUCGUUAUUUCAUUUUUUCAUCCUCGUACGCGAGACAACCCAGCUCUCAGACAAGCAUUGAGUUAUUUUCUCCCCGUCUAUUGUCACUCCCGCCUCACAAACGCUCAACAUAUGCGCAAAAUUUCAGUACCUGUCAUUCGUUCUGUCCUAUCAGCAGCUGACGAUUUCUAUUCCCUUGAAGCUGAUGAAGACAGCGACGGUGAGAUCGACGAAACAGUUGGGGAAAAGGAGGUCAAGUCCCUUAUGGCAAAUGUAGUGGGAAUGCUUGUCGAAUGGACCGAUGACAGGCGUAUAGUCGGGUUAGGGGGUGAAGCUCAACUUCCAGGGCUCUCUGUGUCUACCAACAGCACCCCUUUCCGACCCAGCGACAGCCUUCAUCUGGCCCUCAUGCGAGAUAUCUUGCAACGCCUCCUGGGCGUUGGCUCCACUAGCGCGUCGACCAAGGAGGAGAAGAGACAUCUUCUUUCCAUGCUGGGAAAACUACACAUUCCGUCCCCACCGGUGGCAGUUGCGCCUUCGCAGUCUGGAUCACGGGUCCCUGAUGGAGCGGAUGAUCAUGAAAUCCUCCGCUCUAGCUUGCGCUCUAACAAUGUGAACAAUCAAGUUCAGCUUGCGUCUGACGACAAUGGGGAGCUACCGUUGCUUGUAAAGGAUUUGUUGGAUCAGGCGAUCACCUCUGGCGUCGCGAGCGAUGCGACGGGGAGGAAUGCAUUGGUUAAAGCGAAAAAUGCAGUUCUGAAACUUGUCGCGGCCGUUGCUGCAGCAGCUGCUAAACCAAAUGGGAAGAUGAGGAAUACAAGUAGGGCGGUAUCAGUGAGCAGUACCGUUAGCAGCGGUAGUAGACGGGAUAGUGGAAUGAGCCGCGGUACGAGAGGGAUGUCAAGGGAGGUGUCUCUAGCUCUUUCUAUGUCGUCUAUGGCGUCCGUGGCCGUGAAGAAGGAGCGGAGCGAGGAUGGUGAGAGUGUUUUGAGUGCUGUGCGGAGCGAGAGUGAGAAUUUGGAUGAUGUACAAACAGAAGUGGGAGAUGGGGAUGAUACUGUCAUUGCGAGAAGUCCCAGUGAUGGCGGGCAUGUUCCAAAACGAGAGCGGGAGGGGAGCCAUACGACGGAUGUGUUAACGGAUGCUGAGGAGUAA